AUGGAUGCUCAGAGAAUGACCCAAAUCGGACUCUAUCCGGUCUCAUUGACAAAACCGUUCGAGCUCUCGCUAUCCGCCAUCAAAUCGGUCCUCGAGCCCGAGAAUCCGUCAUAUUCAAAGCGCGUGCCAAAUUGCCAAAAGUGCGGACAGCAUGGAAGAAAGUCAAGACUCAAAGGACACAAAAGAGUUUGUCCAUUCCGCGACUGCAAAUGUGUCAAGUGCGCCGUCGUCACCGAACGCCAGAAGCUGAUGGCGGAUCAGAUCAAGAUUCGGCGUCGGCAGCGUAAAGACACGCUGAUGAAUCUCACUCGCGAGCACAUCACGACGACAAUUAAUGCGGCGGCAGCUCUAAGUGCAACUCCGUUCAACAUCAGCAACCUCAACGCGAUUCUCUACAAUUCCAUCAAGAGCUCGCCACAGCCAAUUCUAUCGUCGCCGACGUCGUCGGACGGCUCCAGCAGCUACAGUCCAUCGCUUCAAUUCCCAUCGCCGUCGCUUCCAAUAAUUUUGCCGCCGUCGCCGCCGGAAUCGCAUUCGCCGCAAUCGGCCAUCACGACGGCAACCGCGGCGAGCACCACCACCACGACGAGCACACCGGCGAGCACUCCGAUCAUCGCGCCGGUUCCGAUCAAUCCGGCGAGCUUCCCAUUCCUCGGGCUCGCUUCCACAGAGAACGUGGCGCUUCUCGAGAGCCUUCUCGCUCAAUACAAAAUUCUUGAAGAGAUGUCGUCGAGUCCGAAGGUCGACGAUGAGAAGGAUGAGAACGCGAUGAACUCGAACGUCAUCAUCGACGUGUGCUCGGUGUAA